AUGGUUCCGGGCUUCGACGACGACGACGACGGCAUCGACUGGGAGGACGCCAUUGAUGGCCUGAAGGUGGCCGAGGCGCGAUUCACGCAGAGGGAGGCGGCCUCGCAGGGCCCCCCUUCACAAGUGUCUCCCAAACCCGCCCAGAACUGCACCAGCGUCCGACAUCUGUUUACCAAGUCCAGACUGCAGGGUCCCAGCGUCGCAACAAGGCCCCCACGGCCAAGCAAGGCAUCGACACCGGGCCCAUCCAACUCCUCAUAUCGCCCAAUCGCCUUACCAACUUUGUGUCCCGAUCAGCAUCAAAGCCACACCACAGGAUUCCUACAAGGUGGCUCUGUCCUGGAGGACAGCUCCCACGUUGGCGGAUCCACUAACUUAAACACUCUCAGAGCCUCUUCAAGCAAGGGCACAAGUUCGUCCGGCCGGCCUUGGCCUGGCCAGCAGGGGCCUGGAGUGAGCUCCUCUUCAACACCCAACCAGGUGAGGUGGAGUCAGAAUGGCAGCAACCAAGGUGGGCCCCAUCGGCAACUUCCCAGGUCCUUUGAGGCAUGCCAACUGACAGCUGCACCACAGGCCGCAGCUUCCCACAUUCUGCUGGGAAAGUGUGCCAGCAGAGCCUCCUCAGGCAGAGAUGCAUGCUCUUCAGGACAGCGCUGGGACCAGGGUCCUGUAGGCAGCUGCGCUUCGCCACCCAACCAGGCGACGUGGAAUCAGGGUGGCAGUGACCCAGGAGGCGCCCGUCGGACACUUCCCAGGUCUUUGGGGGGAUGCCAAGUGGCGGCUGCACCACAGACCGCAGCUUCCAACAGACAGUCUGGACAGUGCGCCAACAGUGGCCCUGUCAAGGUAGCAGCACGGCCGCCGCAGCCUUGCCUUCUGUACAGUGCCUGGAUGAAACUGGAGGGCCGUGGCCAAUUGUGCGUCAAAUUCAGCGGUUACCAUGAGCAGCUGGCAGCAGCAUGCAUGGCCAUCCCUGGUGCCCGUCCUGAUGCAUGGAAGGUGGAGUUCCGGUUUCCUGUGGAGCAGUACAGCACAGCGAUGACUCAGCUGGGGGAGAUCAAAGGAGUACAGCUCAAGGUGCAUGGGCUGGAGGAGCUCCCCAGGCGUAUAUUGGAGGUGGCAGCAAAGGCACAGGAUGAGUCCCAUCACUAUGACUCGCUGCCAGAGCACUUCGAAUCCCAGCUGUUGGGCUUUCAGCGGACGGGAGUGAAGUUCGCACUGAAGCAUGGCGGCCGGGUCUUGAUUGGCGAUGAGAUGGGCCUGGGCAAGACAAUACAGGCACUGGCGGUGGCCAGGGCCUUUGAGGACGAGUGGCCUGUGCUGGUGGUGUGUCCCUCCUCCCUGCGCGAGCAGUGGGCAGACGCCAUCUGCCGCUGGCUCAAGGUGCCUGCGGAUGGUGUGGUGGUGGGGUACAAGCAGGCCGAUGCCGAGCGGCAACUCCGAGGGGCCUCCAGACGGAACCUGCAGUUUGCUGUGGUGUCAUACGAACUGGUGACCAGGGUGCAGGAGCUGCUGCUGGCAGUGGGGUUUGGUGUGGUGGUGCUGGACGAGGCACACAUGAUCAAGAGCCCAAAGGCUGCCCGCACAAAGGCCUGCAUACCCAUAGUGCAGAAGACCAAGCGGGCAGUGCUGCUGUCCGGGACGCCCGCCCUGUCAAGACCCUUUGAGCUUUUUGAGCAGUUGCGCUGCCUGCUUCCUGGCGCCAAGCUCAAGCAGCUGGAGUAUGCCGAGCGAUAUUGCAUGGGUGACAGGUUUUCCAAAUACAAGGGCUCCAAGAAUGAGGAGGAGCUAAAUGCUGUGCUGAUGGCAAGUGUAAUGAUCCGCCGACGAAAACAAGAUGUCCUUUCUGAACUCCCAGCCAAGACACGCCAGCAGAUCUACCUGUCCCUCACUGAGGAGGAGAAGGGUUCUCUGGUGGCCAUGAACAAGAAGCGGGAUGCCGUGACAGAUAUGAUUCGGCGGCUGGUGCAGCAGGGCACGCCAGAGUCGGAGCUCAAGGCGGAGAACAACCAGGCGCUUAAUGAAUACUACACUGAGACAGCAAAACUCAAGGUCAGGGCCGUGCAGGCCUACGUGAACGACCUCCUGGAGGCAGACGACAAGUUCCUAAUCUUCGCCCACCACAAGGACCUGAUCAACGGCAUCGAGAAGGCUCUCAACCGCAGAAAGGCAUCGUACAUUCGCAUAGAUGGCGAGACGCCGCCACACAAGCGAGACGAACUGAAGAACAGGUUUCAGGAGGACUCAAGCGUUCGGGCCGCCGUGCUGGCCAUUCGGGCCGCCGGCGUGGGCCUCAACUUCUCCUCCGCCAGCUUAGUCAUCUUCGCGGAGCUGACGUGGGUCCCAGGGGAGGUGGUGCAGUGCGAGGACAGGGCGCACCGAAUCGGCCAGGCCAGCGCCGUGACCGUCCAGUUUCUGUUAGUGAAGAAUUCGAUCGACGACAUCAUAUGGCAGACCCUGUCGACCAAGCUCAACAGCGUGGGCCACGUGCUGGACGGGCAGCACCAGUCCCUGCGUGUGCAGUCGCGCACCAACCUCGAGAACCCCGGCCAGGCCAACCUCACGGAAUACCUGCGGCACAGCUCCAAGGAGCCGCGGCCCGGCAGCUCCCCGGCCAAGCCUGGGCCCCAGGGCCCGCUGGCCGAGGGGGCACGCCGGGGGGGGCCGUGGUCGGGGGGGCAGGAGGGGAGGAAGCGAGGCAGGGACGGCAAGGACAUCCUUGCGUACUUUGGCAAAGCGGAGGGGGAGGCUGGCGGCGAUGUGAAGAGCCGCAAGGUGCCGGUGGGUGCUGGCUGUGGGGAGGACGGUGACGCGGAUGCGUUUCUGUGA